AUGGUGCCUAAUUCUUUCAACUUCAGAAAAUCUAAUAUCUCUUUAUUGUAUGAUCAACUAUUCCGCACCAAUUGGAACUUUCUCGAUAGCAUUCAUGAUGUUGAGGAAGCGUGUGAACAAUUUUAUGCUGAAUUGAAUGUAAUUUUUUCUUUUUGUGUCCCAAAGUACUCCACCACCAGAUAUCGUAGACAAUUCCCUCCUUGGCUUAAUGGUACCAUAAUAAAGGAUAUCAGAACUAAGGAGAUAUUGUUUAGGAGGUUAAAGUUAAAUUCUGAUGAAAUGACCUUGCAUGAUUACAAAGCUUUGAGACUCAAAAUUAAAAAGGAUAUCGAUAUUGCUUAUAAAGACUAUGUAAAAAAGCUGAAGAUGAUAUAA